UACGUCUGCGUCUUUAUUCCUGUCCUGCCCCUAGGUUCUUCAGAACCAUUUUUUUUCUUAGAUUCCAUAUAUAUGUGUUAGCACAUGAUACUUGUUUUUCUCUUUCUGACUUACUUCACUCUGUAUGACAGACUCUGGGUCCAUCCACCUCACUACAAAUAACUCAGUUUCCCACAUUAUUUUCUAAUGAAGCAGGGAUAAUUCAAGUGGCAUGGCCUUGAAUUUGGGCCACUUGAAUUUGAGGCUGCAGGAUACUGGCUACAGAGCUGAGGUCAGCACAUUGAGUCAACCUGGAGCUUACAGGGCUGUGGGGAGGAGGGCGGAGCAGAAAGAGGGUGGGGAGAGAGAAGGCGCUUUUCCUGGUGCCACAGGUGAGGGCAGCGAGCUCCGGAAGGUGAAACACACAUGCUUGAGAAGUGUGUCCCUGGUUCACAUGGGGGUGGAGGUAAGUGAUAAACCUGGGUGCCCAGGUGAGCCUAGCAGUGGAGGGCUCUGAGUGCCAGAGCGGGAUGUCCACCUUUAAAAGCAAGUCACACCUGGAGGGUUUUGAGCUGCAGGAGGGACCUUUGAGAAAAUUAAGGUCACAUAUGGAUUGCACCAGGGAGGGAGUAUUCAGGGAUCUGACUGCCACAGGCAGCCGCAAAGGUGUGGUGAGCUCUGUGAAGCACGGCGGGAAGCUGACAGCAUCUUGUAGCUGCGCCUCCGUUGGGGUCUGGAGGAGGCGGAGACAGAGAGCCUCAGCCCUGAGCCCUCACCCUGAGGGUGUCAGCUCGCGGAGGUGCCAGGAGGGGCGAGCCCCCAGGCGUGGCCCAGCCAGGCUGCCUGUCUGUCUUUCUCUGCUGUAAAGUAACACGCCUCGAAGGUUGGCGUCUGCACUCUCUGCAAAUGUAUUGGUGGAUGUCAGGACUGGCUCCAAGGACGGUCUCCCCCUGCCCCUGGGAAAAGUUGCCAUUCUGGGCCGCCCACGGGGCAUUGAGCAUCACGGGACAAAAGGGUCCUGGUCCCGAGGAAGAGAGAGUGAAUGGGUGCAUUGAAGCUCCUGUGAACGAGGCUUCUGGUGGUCCGGGAAUCAGACUCAGACUUCAGUCGCCGGCUGGUAAGUGGCGACGUUGUCAGGGCCGUGCAGUUAGUGGCUUCCACCUUCCUUGAAUGGCAAGCUCAGUGCGUGUAUCUGUGUUUUAAAAGGACUGCACAUCUCUUUAUGUAGCUGCUAACACACAGUGGCUCAGGGUAAUCACUGUGUCCCCCAUCAGUGACAAAACAGAAACAAGGGUCUGUCUCCCAGAGUCCAGUGGUGGUCUGUGCUCUGUUCUCCCUGCCCAGCCCUGAGGCCCUGCUUUCCGCGGCCCUCCCCCGCCCUCGCCCCCAGCCCUCCUGCCUUGUUGGCAGGGGCGGCAGGAAUCUGAUCGCUCUUAAAUGUUAAUUUCCGUUUUCCUUGGCCGCCCUUGGCAAGCUGUCCCGGUGUCCUGUAGGGGCCUCAGCUGAGUUCUCGGCUAUCGCUCUCCCAGCCCUGGGUCAAAUCCACCCCAUCCGGACUUCAGCCAGCUCCUCUGCUGAGGACGUGGCCGUCUUUGCGGGGCUUUGAGGCGGGCUGGGGCUCGUCUGGAUGGCCCCUGUCUGUUGGCAUGUCCACCUGUGUCUCUCCCCUCCACCAGCUCUCUCAGCAGCUUCUCCUAAACUGUGUCAGUAGUUUUCAAAGACAGAACGGCAUUGCUGCUUCCAUUUAUGUCAUCAGAAGCCUCCUGUGGCUUCCCGGAGCGUCCGGGGCCGAGGCCAGACCCUUGGCCGUCACGAUCUGGCCCCUGCCCUCCAGCUUCUGCUGUGCUCAGCCCGCCGUGUCCUCCAGGCCUGCGUGCCCUGCUCUGCCUGGCUAUGCCCCCCGCCCACCCCGCUCAGAACCCAGGCGCACCUCACCUCCUCUGGGCAGCUGGCCCGGUUCUGCGGAGCCUCGCUGCUACAGCAGGCCUUGGGGUCCUCGGGAGCAGGGCUGUGCAGUAAGGCCUCGAGACUGCGCCCGUCUGGGCUUCUUCUAAAACCCCCACUAGGUGCUCCGCACCCCCAUAGUGAGUGGGACUCGGUGAUACUCCCAAGGGCGGUGGGGGCCAGGACCGGGGCCUCGUUCUCUCCAUCUCUCGAAGCGUGGUCAGGAUGCGCUGCCCUGGGAGAGCCCUGGCGUCCUUUGUCCUGACACGCCCCGCUGCUGGGGUUCCCGUGUCCUGAGCAGGAGCCUGUGGGGUGGGGGGCCUGGAGGACGUGCAGCAGGAAGGGUGGUCCCCUCUCUGGGCGUGCCUCUCAGUCCCAGUCCCGGGAGCAGCCUGGCCUGGGCGGGGGCCGUCAGAUCCCGCAGCUAACUGCAUCCCCUGGCUGUAACCCACAGCUCCUUCCCCUGUGCCGCCUCCCAGCUCCUUCCCCUGUGUCCGGCUGCCGCCUCCCAAGAGGCCCGGUCAGACCCAGAAUCUCAGGUAGGAAUUGUCAUUAAUGUGACAGCCCAGCCGUCACACACAGGCUGCGGGCUCAAAACCAUCAUAAAGCUCUCCUCCCCGCCCGCCCACCCACGAAUCCCAUUUUAUCCUCUGCGUUGAUUCCCGCCAGGAAACGAGUCUUCAUCUUUUGGAUCCGAAGUAUUUUCACGUUCUCUCGUCUCAGUAAACAGCUCCAUACGCGGCCACAGGCUGCCUGGUCGGGGCAGAGCCGUGACAGCCCGGUGACCAGGUAUCUGGUCUGGCUCCGACACAGCCUGUGCGGACAGAGCCGUGCGGCCACCGCCGCUGAUGGGUGGGGGCCGGUGUCCCCGGCUAGAGGGUGGACCCUGCAUGCGGAGGAGCCAUGCAACUGCGUGGGGACCGGGAGACAAAGCCCGGCAGCACAGCCUGGCCACAGCUGCCUCGUGCCUCCAGCUGGGUCAGUGCUGUCCUCUCCUGGAGGCCCAGCUCCGUGCAUGGUUCUGUGAGGGAAAGGGAGUCCGAGCGCGUGGUCACAUCCGUUGUAACGGCACAGGGCAGGCAUGGAAGUAAUCUGGGAUCCCACUCAGCUGGGGAAACCAUCCAGGUGCUUCACCCCUUCCUUCAAAUAACUGGCAUGUUUGUGAGUGCUGAUCCGUGAGUCACAAAUAGAAGUGUGUGUGUGUGUGUCUGUGUGUGUGUGUGUGUGUCUGUGUGUGUGUGUGUCUGUGUGUGUCUGUGUCUGUGUGUAUCUGUGUGUGUGUGUGUGUCUGUGUGUCUGUAUAUUUUGCGGGGGGUGUUCCGGAUGGACUGGAGAACUCCAGGAUGGGAUGUGGGUGGGAGGAACGGCGGUCUGGGCGCAGGUUGGGCAUGUAUUUAAGGGACGUGUCACCCCCGGGCCCACCUUUGCUCCCUCCCCAGAGAGGCAGCCACUGCUGUCCCGCCUCCUGUGCAUGUGUGUCUAGGCCCCCUGGCCCUGAGGAUGACAGGGCCCUUGCUCUCCCCUUCUGCCCUCCUCACACACAGCAUGAGUCAGCUAGGGCUGCUGUAACAAAAUGCUGUAGGAUGGGGGGCUUGCACAAUGGAAAUUUAUUUCCUCACAUUUCUGGAGUUUGCGAAGCCCAGGACCAAGGUGCUGAUUUAGAUCUUGGGUGAGGGCCCGAUUCCUGGCUUGCAGACGGCUGCCUUCUUGCUGUGUCCUCACCUGGCAAACAGCAGAGAGAGAAGCGAGCUCUCUGGUGCCUCCUCCUGUAAGAGCCCUGAUUCCACCCACCUCAUCUAACCUCAUCCCUCCCCGCCCCCCGGCAAAGACCUCUCCUCCAAAUAUAACCACACUGGGUGUUAGAACUUUAACAGAUGAAUUUGGAGGGGGACGCGCUCAGCCCAUAACCCAGGUCUUCUCUCCAGGGUGUUCAGGUGCAGGAAUGCGGCCUCUGUGGCCUCGGGAUGACAUGGAAUCCACCUUGGAGCCACUGCCAGCGGGCCCCUCAGAGCCAGGACUGGGGCUGCUGAUGCGCGCCUGCGUUGGCCGAGGCGGUGGGGGGGUUCCCGUAGGCACUGAGCCCUGCCCCGUGUUCUCAGCGCCUUGCCUGGGUUCUCUUUUUCUCCUUCACGCAAAUCGAAUCAGAACAGUGCUGUUACUACCCCAUGUUACAGAGAUGAAAGUGAAUCUUGUGUAAGCUGCUUACCUCAGGGUCAUCCCCGGGAGACACAGAGCGUGGAUGCAAACCCCGUCUGCUUGCUGCAUGGUUACUGCACGCAGAGCCUGGGGCCGGGCCAUGUCAUCCCCGCUGCAGAAGCUGCAGAGGGUGGCGCUGGGCCCCCAGGUCCCUCGCAUGAGGAGGGCCACCCACCUGUGUCAGAAGACGAAUUUCCAGCUGCCUGUGGACAGCAGUCAAAGAACAAGGGACCUGAGGACAGGAAGAAGCACGUUGCAGAGCUGAUGCCGUAGCGCAGCAUGGUUGCCUGAGACAGAAGCUUCAGCAAUUGCUGGAAUAACUGGAGGGGAAAUAUGAAACCUUAGCCGUUCACCCGGCAAGAGAGUUUCAAGAUGGCAGCUCAGCGCAUCCGAGCUGCCAACUCCAGCGGCCUCCCGCGGUGCAAGUCCGAGGGGACCUUGAUUGACCUGAGUGAAGGGUUUUCAGAAACAAGCUUUAAUGAUGUCAAAGUGCCUUCUCCCAGUGCCUUGCUAGUAGACAAUCCCACGCCCUUUGGAAAUGCAAAGGAAGUGAUUGCCAUCAAGGACUACUGCCCAACCAACUUCACCACCCUCAAGUUCUCCAAGGGCGACCACCUCUACGUCCUGGAUACGUCAGGCGGGGAGUGGUGGUACGCACACAACACCACGGAGAUGGGCUACAUCCCUUCCUCUUACGUGCAGCCCUUAAACUACCGGAACUCCACCUUAAGUGACAGUGGGAUGAUCGACAAUCUUCCAGACAGCCCGGACGAAGUAGCCAAGGAGUUAGAUUUGCUCGGAGGAUGGACAGAUGACAGGAGGGAGUCGAGCAAAACCUACAGUAAUAAUCCUUUCUGGAACGGUGUCCAGACAAACCCGUUUCUCAAUGGGAAUGUGCCAGCGCUGCCCAGCGUGGACCUACCGACUCCCCAAAGCACCGUGGACUUGCUCCUCUUUGAUACGGGCACAUCUUCGUUCACUGAGUCCAGCUCAGCGACGACCAACAUCUUCGACGAGCUGCUGGCCACCAGCCGCCUUCACGCGGAGCCGACAGUCAGGCGGGACAACCCUUUCUUCCGGAGCAAGCGUUCCUACAGCCUCUCGGAACUCUCCGUCCUCCAAGCCAAGUCCGACACUCCCGCAUCCUCGGGGUUUUUCACGGGCUUGAAAUCGCCGGCCCCCGAGCAGUUCCAGAGCCGGGAGGACUUCCGGGCUGCCUGGCUGAGCCACCGGAAGCUGGCCCGGUCUUGCCACGACCUGGACUUGCUGGGCCAAAGUCCCGGCUGGGGCCAGACCCAAGCGGUGGAGACGAACAUCGUGUGCAAGCUGGAGAGCUCGGGGGGCGCCGUGCAGCUUCCCGACACCAGCAUCAGCAUCCACGUGCCCGAAGGCCACGUGGCUCCAGGGGAGACGCAGCAGAUCUCCAUGAAGGCUCUGCUGGACCCCCCGCUGGAGCUCAACAGCGACAGGUGCAGUUGCAUCAGCCCGGUGCUGGAGGUGAAGCUGAGCACCCUGGAGGUGAAAACCCACAUCAUCUUGGAGAUGAAGGUUUCAGCUGAGGUGAAAAGUGACAUUUUCAGCAAAAGCACAGUGGGCCUCCAGUGCCUGAGGAGCGACUCAAAGGAGGGGCCCUAUGUCCCCAUCCCACACACCUACAGCUAUGGGGACACGGUCCAGGCCCAGCUGGACGACCUGGAGCCCUGUAUGUACCUGGCCAUCGUUGCCCACGGCCCGAACAUCCUCUACCCUUCCACGGUCUGGGACUUCAUCAAUAAGAAAGUCACCGUGGGUCUCUAUGGCCCCAAACACAUCCACCCAUCCUUCAAGACGGUGGUGACCAUUUUCGGGCAUGAUUGUGCCCCCAAGACCCUACUGGUCAGCGAGGUCACCCGCCAGGCCCCGAGCCCGGCCCCAGUGGCACUGCAGCUCUGGGGCAAGCACCAGUUCGUCUUGUCCAGGCCCCAGGAUCUCCGAGUCUGCAUGUUUUCCAACAUGACCAACUACGAGGUCAAAGCCAGCGAGCAGGCCAAGGCCGUGAGAGGCUUCCAGGUGAAGCUGGGCAAGGUAAGCCGCCUCAUCUUCUCCAUCAGCUGCCACAACGCCAGCGAGCUCUCCGACUUCACCUUGCGGGUCCAGGUGAAAGACGACCAGGAGGCCAUCCUGACCCAGUUUUGCGUCCAGACCCCACAGCCACCCCCGAAAAGUGCCGUCAAGCCAUCCGGGCAGAGACGGUUCCUCAAGAAGAACGAGGUCGGGAAGAUCAUCCUGUCCCCGUUUGCUGCCACCACCAAGUACCCGACUUUUCAGGACCGCCCUGUGUCCAGCCUCAAGUUCGGCAAGUUACUCAAGACGGUGGUGCGGCAGAGCAAGAACCACUACCUGCUGGAGUACAAGAAGGGGGACGCCAUCGCCCUGCUCAGCGAGGAGAAGAUCCGGCUGAAGGGGCAGCUGUGGACCAAGGAGUGGUACAUCGGCUACCACCAGGGCAGGGUCGGCCUCGUGCACACCAAGAACGUGCUGGUGGUGGGCAAGGCGCGGCCCAGCCUCCUCUCCGGGCCCGAGCUGAGCACGUCGCUGCUGCUGGAACAGAUCCUGCGCCCGUGCAAGUUCCUCACCUACAUCUACGCCUCCGUCCGCACGCUGCUCAUGGAGAACAUCAGCAGCUGGCGCUCCUUCGCCGACGCCCUGGGCUACGGGAACCUGCCGCUCACCUUCUUCUGCCGGGCCGAGCUGGACAGCGAGCCCGAGCGGGUGGCGUCCGUCCUGGAGAAGCUGAAGGAGGACUGCAACAGCACGGAGAACAAAGACCGGAAAUCCUUCCAGAAGGAGCUCAUGAUGGCCUUACUGAAGAUGGACUGCCAGGGCCUGGUGGUCAGACUCAUCCAGGACUUCGUGCUUCUGACCACGGCGGUCGAGGUGGCCCAGCGCUGGAGGGAGCUGGCCGAGAAGCUCGCCAAGGUGUCCAAGCAGCAGAUGGACGCAUACGAGUCUCCCCACCGGGACAGGAAUGGGGUGGUGGACAGCGAGGCCAUGUGGAAGCCUGCGUACGACUUUCUACUCACCUGGAGCCACCAGGUCGGGGACAGCUACCGGGAUGUCAUCCAGGAGCUGCACACUGGCCUGGAUAAGAUGAAAAACCCCAUCACCAAGCGCUGGAAACACCUCACAGGGACCCUGAUCAUGGUCAACUCCCUGGACAUCCUGCGAGCGGCCGCUUUCAGUCCCGUGGACCACGACGACCUCGUGAUUUGAACGGGUCUGCGACCUUCUGACGCCCUCCCAGAGGGCUGCCCCGGGGUGCGUGCCCUCUGUCUGCCCCGGAUGCCCAGGCAGGCACUUAGAACUGGGGAGGGAGGGAAGGUCAGCUCAGACAGACCCAGGGUCCCUCCUGGCUGGAUCCACACCCAGGACCGAGCACACGCGAUGUUCCACCCGCCUCCUCUGUCACGGGAGAGACCUGGAGGGAAUUUCUACUGCAGGUUGUUGCCAAUCAAAUAGCUUUCUAUUUGUUAAGUAUAAAUUUAAAUAACUUUUUUUUAAAGUAUGGGGGGGGCGUACGAGAAAGGUGGUAUCUAAUUUUUUAAUGGACCAUAAAGGUAAAAAAAAAAAAAAAGAAAAAGAAAAUACUUCAUAGGGGCAGAUACUGUUGAGGUUUUUAUGUUCUAUAAAGACCUUUUUAAAUUAUGUUACAGAUGUAUAUAUGUAUUUAAGGGUCAUGGGGGCAUUUCUGAUUGCCGGAUUCUCUUUGCAUUUCAACACUUAGCACGGAAAGACACUCGUUCAGAUGUUGGACCUUUUUGCCUCUGUACUUGUAAAAAAAAAAAAAAGAAAAGAAAUCAAAUAGGAAACGUGGUGUUUCAGUCAAUGAGUGUGGUCCGUGCGCCUUCUGUCUGAGGCUGUCCUAGGCCUGCGAUUCCCUGUGAUUUUUAUUACCUUCUGUACCUUGGCCUCGUGUUGCAGUAGAGGAAUGGCCACAGCACAAGGGAAGCUUUUUCGAGCUUUAGCAGGAGGAGUGAAAUCCAGCAGGAGCGAUUGGGUGCGCUUGAGAUGAGAAGGCGGCGGGCAGGUGGCAUUCUCUACGGCCCCUGCCUGUGCGCCCUUAAUCCAAAAAAAGAGCUACGCCAUGUGGAGAGAGGCGGCCCCUGCAGCUCUGAGAGGUCCUGCUUCUCCCCGGGGACAGGGGAGUGCUCGCUGCAGAGCUCGAAGCCGCUCCUCUGGGCACGAAGAAAACGUCACCACAAGCACACCCUACGCUGACGUCCAGAGGUUCCUGCUGCCAUUUGCCAAACUCUCUACUUCAUUCCACCUAAAACGUAACCCCUCUCCCCUCCCGGUGUGCCCGUCUCUCCUUGGAAAUAAAUAGCAUAGAGGAAUCUCUUUUUUUUAAACAAUAUGAAGAUUAUCUGAGCAGGAUGAAUGUCAUCUGAAAAUGUUUCCCACAUAAAAUCUGGGACUUGGCGGACUGUUGCAUUGAUAACCUUGAUGGUCGGAGAUCAACUUGCGCUGAAUUCUACAGUUGCGUUGUGCGUGCAUCUCGGAAGGGAGUGAGGGACAGGGAUGAAGAAAUACUGGCAGAUCAAUAGAGCUGAUCCCCAGGAAGGGGCCAGGAUACGCGCUGUGCUUACGUGAGUGAUACUGGGCCCUCUGGGGUUCUGGCAUCUCAUUCUCUAAAUCUGCUUUCUGGAAACAUGCUAAUUACUUAGUAUAAUCAAUGUAAAUCCCUUACUGGGCUGAAACAUUCUUAUAUAUCUAUUGAUUCAAAUACGGAAGGCCAACUGACUAGAAAACAACAACAACAAUAAAAAAAAACAA